CGCCGGUGGGAUAACGUACGCGAGCCUUGGAAUAACGAGCGCGCACGGCCUGCGAACUUCCCCGCAGUAUAUAUAUCCACCGGCACAGGCUCAAUAUGCCUUCUCGAGUCACACACAGUAAACAUGCAGCCCACCGUCAUGUCUUUCGUGCUCGGCCAGUGGAAACGUCUUCCGGCACCUCUGCACGCCGACCUCUCGGGAAAAACUGUCGUUGUCGUCGGUGCCAACUCAGGCAUCGGGCUCGAGACCGCGAAGCACUUCGCGCAGAUGCGCCCUGAGAGGCUAGUCAUUGCAUGUAGGAGCUCGGCAAAGGGGCGCACUGCUGCUGAACAUAUUGCGCGAGAUACAGGAUACAGCGCUGAGCUGCAGCCAGUUGAUCUUGCGGACUUUGCGUCGGUAAAAGCAUUCGCUGCGCAGCUGAAGGACGACCCCAUCGAUAUCCUUGUCGCGAAUGCGGGUGUCGUGCAGCCCGAGUAUCUCACCACGAAAGACGGAUGGGAACAGGCCGACACCAGUCUGCAAGUCAAUCACCUUUCCACUGCGCUCAUAUGCCUGCUCCUCCUGCCCAACAUGCACAAGGCAGCACAAGUGCACAACAGCCAUCCACGGCUUGUUACCACCACGAGUGGAUUGCACAUGAGAGUGCGCUUCGGCGAGGACCUCUUAUCCACGCCGAGCCUCCUACAUACAUUGAACAGUCCUGAACUCUGCACCUCGGAACGUUUCCAGGUGCGGUAUCAUGAUAGCAAGCUAUUGAACGUCCUUUUCAUCCGCGCGCUUGCCGCACAUCUGCCAGCGACGUCACCGCUUGUCCCUGCGUGCGCCUGCCCAGGCUACUGUGUCUCUGAGAUACGGCGUAACUCUGCGUUCUCGGACAAAGUUGUGUACAAGCUCCUGGAGCUCACGUUCGGACGCACUGCCGAACAGGGCUCGCGGCAGAUCUUGUACGCGGCGCUGGGCCCCGACGGGCGUGAUGGCCAUCACGUUCGAUAUAUGAGGGGCGUGUACGUCGCACAUAGUGUGGUGUCUGAACCGGGGGACUAUGUUAUCAGCAGAGAAGGGGUAGAGCUACAAGAGAGAAUAUGGCGAGAGACGUUGGACAUUCUUGCAGAGACGGCUCCGGAGGUGCGGAGGAUUGUGAAUGAGUUCUGCUAAAAACUCUCAAAUUUCGUUGUGGGAUGGCAACGCCGAGCGUGACAGCAUAUCAGCUGCGAUAGUGAACCAUUUGACCAGUUAAUUUAGUUGCUUAAAGGAACCCCGUUACGCUCUGCGUCCUCAGGCUGCUCGACUUGGCCAACUGCCCUCUCUCGAUAUUUCGACGCCCUUUGUUCGGCUAGAUAUUUUGCCACAUCCCUACGAUCGACUAAUC